AUGCAUCCACCUCUCUGCAGCUCGUCCGCCGCCAAGCCCAUCAAGGAGUGGUUUGUGAACCAAACGUCACGCGCCCUGUUACUUCCUGCGAGUGCUACUGCGUCAGAUGCGGUUGAAUUUGACAUUCGCGUGACGUACCUGGCCGCGUGUUUGCAAACUCAUGAGCUCUGCAUCCUGAACAAUGAGCCUGGCUACCACACGCUCCAGCUUGACGACGAUGAUGCGAAUGCCAACCCCAAGUGCCGUCUUCUGCGCACCGUCUCGUACGAAGAGGCCAUUGAGCUUUCAGGCACGACUCCAGAGGUCAUUCACCCCGAAGCCUUGACCAUUGCCCGCACACAUGACGUGAAAGUUGCCUUGCAGUCAGUGCACAUGGCCGCGGGCAGUCGCGGCACCGAUAUUUACAAUCACGCACCCGCAUCGGGUCAUGCAUCCCCUCUUCAGUCCUCUCAUGCAAACCACGUCGACCUGCCCCUCAAGGCGCUGCGCGUCAAACACGAUGUGGUCCUCUGGUCCCUCUCCUCUCCGGCCAUGCGUCAGGCAGCCGGCUUUAUGGAAAAGGUUUUCUCCACCUUGGCCAAGUUUUCCAUCUCGGUCGACGUCGUGACCACCAGUGACUCGACCAUCUCAAUGACCUUGGACCCGUUGGGCAGCUAUGCAGACAAUGCAGUGUUGCUGCAGGCAGCAAAGGAACUCGCCAAGAUUUGCCAGAUCCAAUCCUAUCACCCGUGUGCCGUCAUUUCAAUCGUCGGUGAUGGCGUCAACGGACGCUUGGCCGACAUCAUGCGCGUGUUGAACGUACAACCACACAUGGUUUCUCGGGCCUCGAGCGGAGCAAGCAUCAGCGUGGUUGUUGACGAGGUGAACUCACAACAACAAGCACAAAUGGCCAAGGACCUCUUUGACCUGGUGGAUAUGAACGCUGAUUGCUUCAUGGAUACGGAAGCGCCUGUGGCACGGCGCCAGGGUGGCUCGACCGCAAGCACCAGCACCGCUUCUUCCCCCAGCAACGGCCUGCAAACACCAGACAGCGCUUCGGACAGACCCUUGACUGCACCAGCUCUCCAGCAAGCCCUUGAUCCGUUUGCACAGGACGCCGAUAGUAAGUCUGAGACCACAGUGACGGGGGCUGAGGAGUCGCACAACGAGUCACCCAUUGACCCGGUGGAGGUGAUUGCACCCAAGCCUUUGCCCUUGUGCCCGCGCGACCCUUUUACACCGUACUCAGAGGACAGCGCCUAUCCGGCCAGCAUUGACGCUCGCUGGUGGUGGGCCCAGCGUGAUGUUCUUCGACAAAAGGUGGGCGAUGUGGAGCCCGUAUAUGUGUACUCGCGAGACAUGGCUUUCCGCCAAACGCAGCGUCUGAUCUCCAACCUCAACGCCGUCGAUAGCCUCUUCUUUGCCAUUAAGGCCAACUCGCAUCCGGAUGUGCUGCGGGCCGUACAUGCAGCUGGCGCCGGCUUUGAGUGUGUGUCCCAGAUGGAGAUUGACUUGAUCCUUAGCCUGUUCCCUGAUAUCGAUGUGCGACACCUUCUGUUUACGCCCAACUUUGCGGCCAGGAGCGAGUACGAGCACGCCUUGAAGCUCGGCGUCAAUGUGACGGUGGACAACUCUUUCGUGCUGCAAGAGUGGCACGAGCUUUUCCGUGGAGCCAAGGUGCUGUUGCGGAUUGAUAGUGGUCAAGGUCAAGGGCAUCACGCACACGUCAAGACCGGCGGUUCGGCGUCCAAGUUUGGUCUUGAUGUCCAUGAGCUGGCGGAAGUGGCGCAGCUCUGCGCUGCGCAUGGCAUUGAAGUCUUUGGUCUGCAUUGCCAUUCCGGAUCCGGCGUGGAGAACACCACGUUGUGGGCCAAUCAUCUGCAGUACCUGGCCAAGCUGGCUCGCGAACACUUUCCUGCGGCGCGGGUGAUCAACGUGGGUGGUGGUCUGAGCAUUCCAUACACGUUUGGUGGCGCCGAGGUGAAUUUGAAGGCAGUGGACGAUGCGCUUGCUGCUGCCAAGGCUGAGUUUCCCCAAUUCCAAGUGUGGAUGGAGCCAGGCCGCUUCAUCGCCGCGCAGUGUGGUAUCGUCUUGGCCAAGGUCACACAGAUCAAACACAAAUCAGGGGUCAAGUUUGUAGGCGUGACGGCGGGUAUGCACACCAUGAUUCGGCCAGCGUUGUAUCAAGCCUAUCAUGAGGUGGUCAACAUUUCGCGAGAUGGUCCCCCCGCCAACGCUGUCGUGUGCGGUCCCAUCUGCGAGAGUGGAGAUGUUUUUGCUCGUGAACGACCAUUGCCUGAGGACACGCGUGAGGGCGAUGUGCUGCUGAUUGAUUGCUGUGGCGCGUACGGCUUCUGCAUGGCAUCGACCUACAAUCUGCGCCCCCUUCCGGAAGAGUUGAUCGUCUAAAUGGCAAAGAUUUUGGGACUCUUUUGUCACGGGCGAGGUCUUCCCCCUCUGGCCUUUGCUUGGCUUUGGAUUUUCAAUUUAUUGGGUGCCAGGUUGCCCCGAACAAUUUC